GUAUUAUAUGAAUCUUUGUCAAGGCGUUCGUGAAGGACCCACAGGCUGCCCUUCUUAUGCUAGCAUGUGCAGAAGGAAUAAAAAUGGUAAAACCGACAUAUUAGGGCUGGUUCACACCCAAAAAAUUGACAUUCGAGGUGGGCAUCUUUUUGUGAAUUAUUCAAGUGGUUAUUUCAUCUGUGGUACAGGAAAACAUGCAAAGACAACUGUACACAUGCAAUGUUCACCAACAAGUGGAGCACCAGAGCUGGAAAGCUUUGAUGAAAAGGAGUGCGAGUUUUUAAUUGUAUGGGAGACCCGUGCAGCUUGUGCUGUGAAACCUCAAGAGGUUUACAUGGUAAAUGCAACCAUUACAAGUCCAACAAAUGGCCAAAGAGUCAAUUUGUCAGCUAUUUAUUCUAAGUUGUACAAAGCUUCAGGUGAUAUUAGAUCAAAUGGCGACUCCUAUAUCUAUGAUAUCCAGCUUUCUGGGAUCUUGAAUCCAGAAGAUCUCAAAUGCCAAGACUCCAAUAUCUGUCAGGUCAAAACUAACCAACCCUAUUUCAGAUCCAUUGGGGUAGCUUCUGAAGCAAAAUAUUACCUUGAAGAUGAUGACCUGGAUGUAGUUUUCUCUUCUAACUCUGUGUGCGGCCGCGACAAAUCCAAGAAUGUCUCUUCCACCAUAAUACUGCACUGUAGUGAAUCAGCAGGGGAAGGGAAACCAGACUUCCUUCAUGAAACUUCAGACUGCCAGUAUCUGUUUACCUGGUACACAUCAACAGUCUGUGCACUAACGUCAGUCAAUCCUGCGAUUUCAGAUGAUAAGUCGCAGAAUGGAGACAAUGUCAAAGGUUUGUCCAGAAGAAGCAGAGCUGUGGGAGCACUGCUUAGUGUGUUAUUGGUGGUACUGACUGCCUGCCUCCUCAUCUUAUUAUUUUACAAGCAAGAAAGAAGGGACUUUAUUAUGCAAAAAGUGACUGGCUGUUGCAGGAGAGGAGCUGGAGUUGCAUACAAAUACACAAAGAUUAAUGGAGAAGAGGGCGGUGAUGAAAAUGAGACUGAAUGGUUGAUGGAAGAAAUCUCCUCAUCUGAGAAUGGACAGAAACCAGCAAAGGAGUACCAGCAAAAUGGCUUGAACCAUAUCACUAAAGCUGUAAACGCUGAUGUCUUCGGUUCAUUCCCACUGGAUGAUCCAGACAGUGAAGAUGAGGUUUUGACUGUGCCACGAGUGAAAAUCACCUCUACAAGAACAGGAGAGCCCAAGAUCAGGGGCAAUCAAAAGCAGCAGCAUCCACAGAAUAAGCACUUUCAUGAUGAAAGCGAUGAGGAUUUACUUGGUUUAAAUAAUGAAAAGAAGGAAACAAAGGGAAAAUUGAAACCACAAAUGAAGCGAAACAGGCCAGAAAAUGACUCCACAAAUGUAACUUUUCAUGAUGACAGUGAUGAGGACAUGCUAAAGGGUUAACCGUUGUGCUUGUCUAAUAACUUGAUAGGACACCCAGCCCAGCAGACUGAAUGAGAGGGGCCUGCCUGUCAUUUGCUCUGCUGAAUGUUUGAAUAACCCUGUUGAUUUUUUGCAAAUUAUAUGCAACAAGGGAACUCCAUAAACACUCCUGAUUGUUUACAGUAAUGUGUAAGGGGACAAAUCUUUGCUGAUUUACUAGCAUUUGCCUAAGGGAUAUUUAUAUAUUAAAUAAUAAAGCUUGUGCACAUGGCCAUUUCUUUGGGGCAAUAAUUAUUGCACCUAAGUAUUGCAAAGAGCUCUAUGAUGCUUUCUUUAGCUUUGACCUUACUCUUCUGACAAUGAAAAGGAAGGGGAGCAAAGUAAAAGAAUAUUUGUUACUUUGCAGCUCAAUAUCUUUGAUUAGCUUCCAUGAAGCACUGCCCUUUUUGUGUCAAUAUUUAUUGCAAGUUAAAAAAGGAAAGGGUUAGUGAACACUGGUACUUUGUUCAUCCUCCCAACCAGAAACUACAGUGAUGUAGGGAAAUGCAGAGGGUUUUGACAUAAUCUUUUUGUUUUUUUUUUUUUUUGGAAAAUUGUUAGAUUCAUAUGCUGAAAGGAAACAUUUGACAAAAGGUUGCACAAUAUUGUCAAAAAUGUGCUACAUGCAAGUAUAAAAGUUGACAGGAAAUGUUCAAGAUAUGUCGGCCUAGUCCUUUUGCAUGACCCUCCUUUGAAGUAUAUUUUACAAUAUUAUUGUGCAUAAUUGAUGGGUUGGAACCAAAGUGCAACAAUGUAUUGGGCAGGUGUUCUUUUUUUUGUAUCUAUUUCUGGUUUGGGUUCAAAGAGUUUUUUAAUUAUUUUCAAAUCAAAGAUAUGUGAUUUUUGUUUCUACAGAAAGUUUGAUAAUUUUGUUGUAAUAUGAAGCAACACCCAUUUCAAUAAAAGGUGAAAAUAUUCCCAUUCUA